GGCAUUGCAGAGACCCGAACUGAGCGAAGGAAGGGAGUCAGUGUGCUGCGAAUGACAGGUGAUCUCGUUGUUGGCAAUGCAGUGCACCAAGUGUGUUGUAGAGUACUCUAGAUAUGAGCUUUCUUAAAAUAUAUUCACGGCAACAUUUGUGACAAGUCUCAUUUUGAGUUUAGGAAUAAGGAUAUUAGACCAGGAAAAGGGCUACGGCAGAUCGCAAGAGCCGAGGAGCACGUCGCCGGCUUCCGGGGAUUCGGGGCGGCAUCGGGAGAUAGCAGACAUCGCCUUCGGAAGAGCGAAUAGCAUCAUCAUCUGGAUCAAUACACCACUCCGACACCGGCACGGCUCUAGUGGAACCUUUCAAAAUGUCAAGAAAGGUCCAGAGAACCGAAGUGUGCGCCGACUGCAGUGCGCCAGAUCCGGGCUGGACAAGUAUCAACCGAGGGGUUUUGAUCUGUGACGAGUGCUGCUCUGUCCACCGCAGUCUGGGACGACACAUCUCCAUCGUCAAGCACUUGAGACACAGCGGCUGGCCCCCAGCACUGCUGCAGAUGGUGCAGACCCUGGCCAGUAAUGGGGCCAACUCCAUCUGGGAACACUCUCUCCUGGACCCCGCUCAGGUGCAGAGUGGACGCAGGAAACCUAACCCUCAGGACAAAGUCCACCCCACCAAGUCCGAGUUCAUCAGAGCCAAGUACCAGAUGCUGUCCUUUGUCCACAAGCUGCCCUGCCGUGACGAUGACGGCAUCACCACCAAGGACCUCAGCAAGCAACUGCACUCCAGCGUGAGAACAGGGAGCUUAGAGACGUGUCUACGACUGCUGUCUUUGGGUGCCCAGGCCAACUUCUUCCACCCGGAGAAGGGCACCACUCCGCUCCACGUAGCAGCCAAAGCGGGGCAGGUUCUGCAGGCAGAGCUGCUGGUUGUGUACGGGGCUGACCCCGGGGCCCCUGACAUCAAUGGACGCACACCCAUGGAUUACGCUAGGCAAGCGGGCCAGGUGGAGCUGGCGGAGAGACUGGUGGAGUGCCAGUAUGAGCUGACAGACAGACUGGCAUUCUACCUGUGUGGGCGUCGCCCAGAUCACAAGAACGGCCAUUACAUCAUUCCUCAGAUGGCUGACAGAGCUCGUCCUAAGUGCCCGUCACAGAGUCUGGACCUCUCAGAAUUGGCCAAGGCAGCCAAGAAGAAGCUACAAGCGCUGAAUAACCGACUCUUUGAGGAGCUGGCCAUGGACGUGUACGACGAAGUUGACCGCCGGGAAAACGAUGCAGUGUGGCUGACGACUCAGAACCACAGCACUCUGGUAACGGAACGCAGCGCUGUGCCCUUCCUGCCUGUUAACCCGGAAUACUCUGCCACACGCAACCAGGGCCGCCAGAAGCUGGCUCGCUUCAACGCCCGAGAGUUUGCAACACUGAUCAUCGACAUCCUGAGCGACGCCAAGAGAAGACAGCAGGGAAAGGGCCUGGGCAGUCCUACUGACCCUCUGGACCUGGGCCUGGGGGAUGACGACCAGCACGACUAUGACAGCGUAGCCUCCGACGAGGACACGGACAGCGAGCUGACCACGCACAACAACAACAACGCCAACCGCAACAACCGUGCCAAGAGUAUGGACUCGUCAGACCUGUCGGACGGGCCCAUCACCCUGCAGGAGUACCUGGAGGUGAAGAAGGCUCUGGCCUCGUCAGAGGCCAAGGUCCAGCAGCUGAUGAAAGUCAACAACAACCUGAGCGAGGAGCUGCGGCGCCUGCAGAAAGAGAUCUCUCGGAUGCAGGCGGAGAACAGUGCGUUGCGGGGGGGCCAAGCUGGGGGGGCUGGCAGCCUGGGUGGAGGAGGAGGAGGAGGAGGGGGGGGGGUGGGCGGGCCAGGACACUGGCCUGGGGGAGUGAAUCGAGGGGGAGGAGGUGGAGGAGGGGGGGAGCACCCCAGCAAGGCUGUCUCCUCCUCCAUCUCCUCCUCCGUAAGCCCCCACCGGAGAGACCGCCAGGCCUUCUCCAUGUACGAGCCGGGCGCUGCCACGCCCAAGCCCCACCCCCCCGGCCUGGACUCCCUGACCAGCCGCCUGCAGCCCCUGCAUACCAGCGUGAGGAGAACGGGUCCUGGGGGGUCUUCACCAUACGGGGGGUCGCAUCUCUCGGUGACUACAGAGAGUGGUAGAUACAUGACCUCUAAAGCAGAGCGACACGGCAGUGGCACGGACAGCGACUAUGACAACACGCACUCGUACGACCUGUCGUUAAGCAUGGGCCGCAGCAGCGAGGAGGAGAGCCGGGGGGAGGGGGAGGACGGGGGAGGCGGGUGGGGGGAGCCGGAGGAGCCCGACCCCACCCUGCCCUGCACGGAGGACGUCAUCCUGAAGACGGAGCAGGUGACCAAGAACAUCCAGGAGCUGCUGAGAGCCGCUCAGGAGUUCAAACACGACAGCUUCGUGCCCUGCUCGGAGAAGAUCCACACUGCUGUCAGUGAGAUGGCUUCUCUCUUCCCUAAGCGCCCGGCGCUCGACGCCGUCCACUCCUCGCUGCGCCUCCUGGCGUCCAGCGCCUCCCGCCUCCAGGUGGAGUGCCGCAAGGCGGCGCCCUCGGAGCCCUCGGCGCCCGCCGUGGACUACCAGCUGCUGACGCAGCAGGUCAUCCAGUGCGCCUACGACAUCGCCAAGGCUGCCAAGCAGCUGGUCACCAUCACCACCCGCGAGAAGAAACAGUGACUGGUGGACGGGGGGAGGCGGGGCGGGAGGGAGGGAGGGAGGGAGGAGAGGAGGCGAGAGGACAACAAGCAGAGAAAGGCCAUGUGAGAGAAUGCAGGGAACAAAAGGAACUGUGCUUGCCGAGAGAGAGAAACGGAUGAGGUCGGAGGACGGAAAGAAAUGACAGAGAGGGAUGAAUGCCCGGGGGAUGAAGGAGCGGGGAACGAUGGUGGGAUGAGAGGCGGCACGGUGGUCUUUGUCUCGACCAGCCUCUCUGAAUCCCUCUCACUCCAUCCCUCACUUCGGUUUGGAGUUCACUGCGUGGAGAGAGAGAAGGGGGAUCAGAGUACGGACCCAGCCAACCCCUCUCUCCACCUUCCUCUCUCUCUCUUAUUUCUCUUUCUCUCAAUCUUAUCACCUCCAUCAGACAGACAGGCAGAGGACGGAUGGCGCUGGGGUUGCCCAGUCACGGCUGGCAAAGGGACCUUCUCCACUCUCCCUCCUCCCCACCCUCACACUCUCCCUCCUCCCCACCCUCACACACUCCCUCCUCCCCACCCUCACACUCUCCCUCCUCCCCACCCUCACACACUCCCU